AUGUCGCUUAAUAACUUCGAAAUCAUUUCAAAAAUUGGUGAAGGCUCUUUUGCACAGGUUUUUAAAGUAAAGCGACUAGCAGACUCCAAAUAUUAUGCUCUUAAACAGAUUCGGAUAACUGAUCUAAGCUCAAAAGAAAAACUUAACGCCCUCAACGAAAUAAGAAUUUUGGCCUCCAUCAAUCACCCUAACAUCAUAGGCUACAAAGAAGCGUUUUUUGACGACAAUUCCCGGACUUUAUGGUAA